CUUAGAUCUUGAUGAAGUAGUCAUUUGAGAGACAAGUAGGGUGUAGUUGAACUACCGUCUUGUUGUGUUGUUAGUUGAAAAUCUUCAGUUAGUGGUAGUGGAGUAAUUGAACUGGAAGUAAAGAUUUGUUAUAAAGAUUUGUUGUAUGAUUGAAUUCAGUAGUUAGUCAGAUAUAUACCUAAAGCUGUGAAUUUGAGACAUUAACUACAAACCAACAUAUAUAGCCAUCCAUCAUGUAAUUAAGAUAUUUAAAGUUGUCUAAAGCUGUAUGGAUAUACCACUGUAAGAUCUGGUUUUAAUUAUUGUAUAAAAUGCGUGAAGAAGACAUGGAAAUUGCCAUCAAGGUGGUUGUGGUGGGGAAUGGUGCUGUUGGGAAAUCAAGUAUGAUACAAAGAUACUGUAAAGGAAUAUUCACGAAGGAUUAUAAAAAGACAAUUGGUGUGGAUUUCUUAGAGAGGCAAAUUGAGGUUAAUAAUGAAGAUGUAAGGUUAAUGCUCUGGGAUACAGCAGGCCAAGAAGAAUUUGAUGCCAUCACAAAGGCCUAUUAUCGAGGAGCACAAGGUUGUGUUUUAGCUUUUUCUACAGUUGAUAGAGAUUCUUUUGAAGCAAUUGAAACCUGGAAAAAGAAGGUAGAAGAUGAAGUUGGCCAAAUAAACAUGGUGAUAGUUCAAAAUAAAAUUGAUCUUAUUGAUGAAGCUGUUGUUCAUAGUGAUGAAGCCGAAGCCUUAGCAAAGAAAUUACGCCUUAGAUUUUAUCGAACUUCAGUAAAAGAAAAUUUAAAUGUAGAUGAAGUAUUCCGAUAUUUGUCUGAAAAAUAUUUAGAAGAGUUGAGUAUGGUUGUAGAAGAUGAUACACAAACAUUAACUAUUGGUCAAGGUGUAAUUCAAAAUGAUGUGAAGAGUAAUUCAAAGGACAAAAGUUCAAAGAACAAAAAUGAAACAAUUAGUCUUAAACCACAUAAAAAACGUGGCAAGAAACUACUUAUGUCCUCUAAAUGUGAUUUAUUAUAGUGACAUAAUGUACAUAAUUCUUUAAGUAAACGGGUGAAAUUCUGUGAGUGAGAAGAUUUCAGUGAAGCAAAACGAUAUUGAGAUACAAGAUUUCAACACAUGUAUGGUUCGGAAUGAAAAUACCGGUGAGAAGGAACAGACAGACGCCCUAUUUUAAGAAUGGAAAAUGUAGACAGUUUGAUAUACCGGUACUUAACUGUUAUAUUUGUAUAUAUGUACUAUUCAUUAACUGGUUGACCUAAAUACUUACUAUAUAUAUAUUAACACACAUUAUAUACCUGUUGUUAUCUACAUGUGCAUGGACGAAAUCUCUGGAUUGUGAAGGAGAGAACCACAAGGGAGGUAACCAAGAUAAGUGUCUCAAUGAUGAAAGCGUUUCUUCACCUUCAUUGCAUCUUCACAGUGUCAUGAUUUUUUACCUUUGAUUAAAGUAUAUUAAUAUACAUAUACUAAAGGUUACAAACGUAUAGUAAAAUCUUAACACUGCAAAGAUGUUUUUGUGAAAGAGUUGAAAAAAAAGUAUAUUGAAAUAAUUGCUAUCUUUCUUAAAUUAUUUAAUUUUAUGUACAUGUAUUUUAAGAUUUAAAUAGUAAAUAAAAUCUGUAUUUUUUGGGUGAAUAUUCAUUAAUGUAUUUAUUUUAUUAAUAUUAAACCUAUAAGUCCAUAAAUUAAACCUAUUGUAAACAAAGAAAGUGGGAACAGCUACUCACCCCAAUAUUUCCAAUUUUAAACCUAUAGUACUUAUUAUUUACAAGUAUAAAAGGGGAUUAUCCCAUUUUUAUUUUAUUUUUUCACAGAAAAUCUGUUAUUUAUCAACAAAUAUACCUGUAUUUCUUUUUAAAUAUCCAUUUCUGGCGUAGUUAAAUUCAAUGACAAAAUGAAGUGUUUUUAAGAUGAAAUGCUUGCCAUUUAAUAGUUAGGUAUGUAUGCAUAUGAAAAAUUAAAUGUUUUUAGAAUGUAAUGCUUGCCAUUUAACAAUUUAUAAAAAAUUAAGAUUUUAAUUACUCAUAGUCAGCAAUAUUACAACUAUUUUUAUAUAUAUUUUGUAAUCCCUAAAUUAUCCUUAUAAUAACUUUUUUAUAAUAAAUCAAAGUAAAUCAUGUGAGAAAAAUUAUUAAUAUAUGUACUGAUAGAAAAAAAAAAGGUUUUAACCUUAAAACACAAUUAGUAUCAAGCAAUGAAAAAAUAGCCUUAGAAGAGGUUAUGACCAGAUAAAAACAAACUAGUUUAGAAUCUGCUAACUAGAAUUGACAGAAAUUAACAUCUAAGAUCAAUCAAGUUUGUUAAGUGAAAGUACAUGCCUAGAUAAGCUACACGUACACCUUUCUAUUCAAUCUAUACACCAAGACUGUAUCUCAAUUUCUUGACACAAGCUGAUUUUUGAAAGUAAUGAAUAUAUUUUUAUAAGACAAAUCAGAUGAUCAAAAUUUUUUUUUUUUUUUUUAAAUGUUACUGUAUGUAAAUCUACUACUAAAUAUAUUAAAAUAUACUGAAUAAGAUUUAUAUUUUAAAACUGUUUUGUAAGAAGGAUUUAUUUAUUUUUAUAUAAAAUUACUUGUCGAUGUGGAUUGAAUAGUUGUUCAUAAAUAUGUGAAGCAAGUAUAAUACAUGUGUAAAAUAUCAAAUAGAUUUAAGCUGUGGAUGAAAGUUAUAAUUGUUGUGUAGAAAAUUCAAAAGGCUAAGAUAAGGAGUUUCGUCGCCUGUAUGAAAGUCAUGUCUAUACUUAAAAUUUACGGUAAAUGGUGUCCAGUUGUAUUUAAUCUGAACAAAUGUUGUUUAGUGUUCAUCACUAUGUUGUGUUUCAUUAUAUUAUCUAUUUAUACAUAUUUCAUAGAAAUUUAGUUGUGUCCGUUUUGUGUGCAAUCUCAUUUUCACGAAGAAUAAUUUUUGUUAUUUUGUGACAAGUUUUAAAAUAUUCAUCACAAAAUCCAUCCAUUUGUUGUCAAAUCAAAAUGAAAGGAAUCAUUCUGACAAAAAUGUAAACUAGACAUUAAAAAGAUUAUUUAUUAUGUUAUUGAACUUGUUGAUAGUCUAGACCAGCUGAGAAAUGGUCAAAACAAAUGUCUGCUAAGUUUUCUUUUGGCUGAAACAUAAAAGUUUUUUGGAUUUUUUUUCAAUUUAAGUGAAUUUGGACCCUGAAUAGUUAUAGUAAGUGCUUUUAUUAUUGUAAAAAUUUAUGAUAUAAUAUUAGACAUAUUUGUAAUAUAUUAGACUUUUAAAACGUAAGAAAUUGUGUUAGUAAUAUUUAAUGCAUAAAAUUAUAUUAUUUAUUUUGAAUUAUGAUCUCAUUUUAUUAUAAUAUUUAAAUUACUAGGGUUAUCAGCUACAUGUAGUUUGAUCUCAUCUUCACAGAAGCUCAGUUUUAAAAGUUCAAAAAUUUGUAAUUAAAAGUAUGUUCAAUACAUGUAUAUAGCCUGGUUUGAGAAAUUGCCAUGUUUUAAUCUGACUAUUGAAUUGGUCAUCAUAAAUAAUGGUAUAUUUCAAAUCUCUGUUUAAUUCUUUCAAAGAGUUCCAUCAAUUUAAAUUGAAAUUAAAACAGUCACCACAAUCACCUAUCUUAGUAUCUAAAUUAGAAAUGAAAAUGUUUCUGCUUAAAUCUUUCAAAGAGUCCCAUGUUCUAUCAGAUCAAUAUAAUACCUGUAUCUAUCUGUAUUGGAAAGGUAAUGGGAGAUAACUGUUGUUAGAGCUAUAGCUGAAAUUUCCUUUAAAAUACAAUUAUAUUUUGUAAAUCCAACCACAUAAUACUAAAACAGCAGAUUACUGUUCCAUAUAUUGUUGCCAUUUUAUUUUUUUUUUAAUUUGUACAACUUUUUGUAGGUCCACAUUAUAAUAUUACCAUUUACAUUAUUUAUUAUAUUAUUUAUUAUGGUCGAUUAAUGUAUUUUGUUAUGGUUUUGGUCAUUUAACUUUAUCAAAGCUUUUUGAUAUAUUACAUUUUAUCUUUAAACUUUAAUAAAUAUUCUCAUUAACCAAAUAGAUCUGGCUCUAUUUAUAAAUUAAUCACUCGCAGUGAAUAAUGACUCAAAUGUUGUUAAAAUGAUAUAACCAUGAAAUGGUCCACAACAUCCUUUACUAUUAUUGCCGCACCCUCUCUUUAUCAGACAUUUUAACCAAUAUCCACCAAGACAGAAAUGGCUCCUGCAGGCACUAAAAGAUUCAUUGAUACUGAAUUUCAUUUUGACUACAUGUUUAUAUGCAUAUCAACAUUUGUAUGGUUUUAGACUGGUUUCGACUCCAUCGAAAUACUUUGUUACAUGUAUCUAACAAAAUAUUUUCGACCAGAUCUUGACGGUAAGACCGACAACUGAACAAAAUGUACAGUCCUUACCAUGGUAUGAUAAGUGAAAACUUAAAAUAGGAAUGAACACGAAGCGAAACGUAUUAAUAAAUGUGAGCACUGAAAACAGUCUAAUGAGUUUGUUAAAGGAGCUAAAUCGCUAAUAUUUGGGACCUAGAAAUUGACCCAAAUGGGUCGAAACGCAUAUAAUAAUGUAAUCUGAUUGUAUAUAAACUGAUUUACAUUCAA